AUGAAAAUUUCUAAGAAAAUUUGCUUCUUUAUAGCCCUUCUAAUUUAUGUGACUUAGCAACAUCAUUAUAGUUACCGCAAGGAAUAGCAUGCUGUUAUAUAGCAAAACAUUCAUAACAAGUAAAACAAUCAAGAUUAUCAUGCAACAGAUUUAGACUGGUGGAAAUCUCUAAAAGGAUAAUCCGUUAAAUCUAUUGCGUAACUUGCAUUAAUGCUUUACAAGUAAAUUAAAGGAAAGCAUUUGUUUAUUCAUUUCUACUCCAAAGAUAGUUGGAAAUGCUAAAGCAUGAGGGAUGAUUAUAAUAAGGCGGUUGACUAUAUUUGGGAUGAGUACAGAGGAUAAGUUGCUUUCAUUGCUGUGGAUAUAGAUGAAGUACCAGAUAUGGUUUAUAAAUUCUAGAUUAAGACUUUUCCUAUUUUGAUAUAUGUUGCUCCAUUAUCAGAUAUAGGAGAGACAUCGAGAUUCAAUUACUUGAGAAACUUUGAGAACUACAAGUAAUUUAUGAUUAAUAUGAUUGAAUAACACAUGUGA